GUCUCUGCAGUCUUAUAUAUCUUCUCCUCAAACGCUUACGAUAACGUGAUUGCCAUCUUGCCUGCUAUCCUGACGGAUGCCCACCUUGCAGCAACCGGGAAGCCACCGCCCGUCGUUUGCCAGCAUCAGAAGCCAAGUGGACGCAAAAAGCAGGCGAGAGUCUAUCAGCCUUAAUAUACAUCUGCAUAGAUGUCGAAAACCCCAUUGCCACAAUGGAUGCAACCCCUUUCCGACUGCCAGUAUCCCGAUACGAGCACUCGUGGCGAUGCAGAGAAAGGAACAGCAACAAUCCCUAGUCACCCAUACCCAGCUCAAGAACCUCCGCGGUUCCUCUUUCCCGAUAGUCAGAGCUAUGAUCCUACGCCAAUUCCCUCGAAUCCUCCUAGACUUGUGUUCGAAGGAGCAAGACGGGACAGCAACGCAGAGCACCGAUAUAGCAUCACUUCUGGGACUCAUGGGCCUCUUGCUCCAUUUGCAGCGCAGCGGUCAAUCGUUUCGAAAAACGUUGACUAUAGCGGACCGUCAGGUUCCUAUUAUGAGACAUCAAAUCAAAGUCGUGGUUCUAUAGGCUCCACCGGGCGGGCAAACGAUGUAGAAUCUCUGUACAGUAGUUCUUCCGCGACGUUUCCAAGCCCCGUUCAUUCCGAUAAGGGUUCGGCAAUAUUCACCACCAAUCCCACUACAAAGUAUCAGGCGCCGCAGUCACAGCGUCAGACGCCCUCCGGCCUGCCUUCAGGGUUUGAGAACCUGAUUCACCACUCACCGGUGCCGUCCCCACCCCCACGGCGGCGACCUUCAAGAGCAUCCCGCUACCAUCUACACAUUCGACAACAGCCAAUAGCGGCAAGGGCAUGCGGUGCUGGUGACCGAGACCGACGGCCGGUAGAUCCACCACCCAUAAUCCAAAUGCUCCUAACCGACUUUGACCCGGGUUCGGAACAAGACAUAGGAAUCUUGCAAGAUCCAAGGUUUGCAGUUAGCUGUCUACUAUUCCCAGCAGUGACUUCCUCCCAGCAAGCCUCUUCAGACAUGGAUAGGGAAGGUGCCGUUCGCGAAAGCCUAGCUGGGUCGAAUGGAAAUGCCCCAGGCCAGUCUACGCCUUUACUCUCUGGGAAAUCAUUCGUCUCCCCCUUUUACGUCGACGCAGAUCCAGACCCUGCAACGUCCCCUACCCACCCGACAAGUGAAGAUUGCAUGACACAGAGAGUUUCUAAAGAGGUACCUGAAACGCAACAAGCAGCGGCAUUCUUCAUCUUCUCUGACUUGUCAAUCCGUACCGCUGGAUUAUAUCGACUCCAGUUCCGGCUCAUAAACUGGGGGCACGUGGAAGACACCGGCCAGCCCAUGCCUAUCCUCGCCGAAGUAUGGUCUGAACCCUUCCGCGUCUACCCAGCCAAGGAUUUCCCUGGAAUGAGAGACUCAUCCCCCCUCGCCGAGGGACUCAAGGAACUUGGAUUCGUCGAGCUGAAGACAAGAGGAAAAGGAAAAGGGAAGGGAAGAAAAAGGUGACUAUGGUGGGUAUUCAAGAAAGUAAGAAAGGAAAAGGAAAAGAAAACCAAGCCCAUCGGCUUAUAUGCCCCUGAGAGAAUACAGGGGUACCAGCACGGCGUAGCCGUGCCUGAUAUUACGAAUUUAU